CAAAAAUACGUCUACAGCUGUGUUCUAAUAAAGCUAAAGGUGUAUAUUAUUGAAACAUCACUAACGGUCUCUACUAUUUCUCUACUCUACUCUAGUCAAGACUCUAGUCCUAGUCCUACUCGAUAUAUAUUGCUGCUCUAAAAAAACAAUAAUUCUGUGCCUUAUGUCAACUCUUUAAUAAAAUGUCACACCCAAAACGCGUUCAAACACCAGCCUAUAAAGUAUACAUGUCUUCUUACCCAUCUGAUAAAUAUGAUGAGAAUGGAAGCCAGUCAAAGUCCUCUGAUUCCAGAAAAAUGAAGAGCUCAAGUGGCAAGAAGAAAAGGGAUGACUUGUAUGAUUCUGAUGAGGAAGUCAUAAAAACCAGUGCACCUAAAAGUCUGAUGGAUACAAAAGAUUCCUACUCAGACAAACAGUAUAGUUAUAAGACAUCUUCUUCUCGAAAGAAAGACAGCUACUCUGGUGGUGAUGGAAGAUCUGCACAGUCUCUAAUGGACAUAGAUUUUAGUGGUGGGCCUGAAAGCUCAUCUGUCAACUGGAAAGAUUAUUCCGGCCGCCAUGCCCAUUCAUCUGAAGAAGAUGAGACCGAACGAAGAACUGACUGGAAAGAUGACAGAAAAUUCAGCAAAUAUUCAGAUUCAGAAGAAGAGGAUAAAGAUAAUUGGCAGAGAGAUAAAAGUGAAAAAAGUAAACGCUCUUGGAAAGAGUCUUCCUCCCAUAAUGAGCCAUUGAUUGUUGAUUUACCUGAUAAGAUAAAUGAUGCUGAAAAUAAGUCAUCAGAUGCUCAACGUAAACCCAAACCUUUAUUGGAGACGUACGUUCUACCCCCAAGUAAGAAACCCAUGAGUUUACUGGAUCUUCCGAAUACAGGCAGUAGAGGUGGAGAAGGUUAUAAUAAACGUAAGCAGAAUCAAAAGAAUCGUUCUAGAAGAGGGGAGGGGAAACAUUCUGGAUCAAAAUCACAAAAUGAUGAUGAAAGGCAAUCAUCAAAAAAAUUAAAGCUUGAUAAAUCAAAAGACAAAGUUCUAAUAAUAGAUUCAACCAAAAUUUCAGUCAUAAAACACAAUGGGCACAUCUUUGUCUUGGUACCUUCAUCUUUAUCACUGACAUAUUUACACGGGCGUGCAAAGGUUACAGCUUUGUUGGGAGAAGUGAGCAUACUGGCCUGUAAAUUACAAAUAGGGACAACUUAUGAUGUCUAUUCUCCUGCAUCAUGCAGCUUGCUCUCCUUGAAUGUUAAUGGAAGUAAAACUUUCCACCUUGAUGAUCACAAGUCAGAGCUGUCAAAGUAUGGUUUUCCUGAAAAUGAUAAAGAACUGGAGAAAAUUGGAGCUAACAUCAGUGCUGUUAUAAUGCUUGACAAACUUGAGUCCACUAUGUGUGACUACGUGACAACCUUCAUUCCAUAUUCCCAGCUCUUCAUAGCUGGUCCAUGUCGAGAUGUUGAACACAUGAAAGGUGUAACUCUGCCUAAAUUAGGCCUAAAAAUUGCGCCAUAUAAAGAAAUGGUAUCCACUUGUAUGAACAUGUCACAAGAUUAUGAAGAUGUUCUUAGCAAAUGGUCUGACAGGUUGUCAAAGAGUGUAAAUGAUGAAUUACAACCAAUUGUUCUUUGUUGUGGGGCAAAAAGCACAGGAAAGUCAACAUUUAACCGCAUGCUGAUUAAUACCACUCUACAAAGCACGGCUGCUGUUGCCUACUUGGAGUGUGAUGUUGGUCAGACUGAGUUUUCUCCCCCUGCCACUGUAUCUCUCCACAUCAUCACUCAGCCUGUUUUGGGCCCACCAUUUUGCCAUCAGUUACAAGCAGAAAAAAUGGUAUUUUAUGGUGAGACAACACCUACCCAAGAUCCAUCAUUGUAUCUGAAGUGUCUGAAAUAUGUAUUCAGUGCCUAUAAGGAGGUGCAAUCUAAGAUGCCAUUGAUUGUAAAUACGAUGGGGUUUCCAGAAGGGAUUGGCCUGAUGCUUCUAAUUGACACAAUGCACAUUGUCGAGCCUGACCUCGUUGUGCAGCUGGAAAGCUUUAACCAGGCUGCCAAUUUCCCAGCCAUCACCCAGGAGCUGGUAGCCUUGGAGGAGGGAUGGACCUACAACAAACUCCCAGUUAAAGACCCUAAACAAAAAGUGCUGGAGACACAUGCCCAUGACUUGCUUUUCCUCUCUACCCUUGUGAGCCAGCGAAGAGAUUUCAGCUUUAAGCUGAAGCCUGUAGAUCUCAGGAACCUCUCCUUGCUGUCUGCCUUGUCUGCUGGGCUAGAGCGAGGCAUGACCUUGACAUCGCUCCCACCGUACACCGUCCCGUAUGAGAAGAUUGGCAUCCAUGUCUGCCACCAUCACCUGACUGGUGAUGCCAUUUUGUCAGCUGUAGAUGCCAGUGUUGUGGCGUUGUGUGUGACUGACCUGUCCCAGUCGAGAAAGGAGAAAGAAGGUCUACCCAAUACUUUUGAUGACAUGCCAGUUUGUACUUGUCUUGGAUUUGGUAUUGUCCGUGGUGUUGAUCCAGUGAAGGGUCUGCUGUAUAUUGUUACCACCCUCCCAAAAGUUGUGUUUGGUCAGAUGAACACUCUACUCAAAGGCUCACUAUCCCUGCCUGAUCAAAUCAUUUUAAAACAAAAAAGCUCAGGGGCUGUUCCUUAUGUUGAUGCAUUGGCACCAACUACAGCUGUCACUUCUGUGAGGCCUAGAUCUCGAAUGCCUAGAACAAGCCUGGGAAACCAGUAACAAAAGUGUGUGUAACAUCCUUUAGGUGUUUGUAUUUUGCAAUAUAGAUGAUAUAACAUGUAUUUUGCAAUAUAGAAUGAUAUAACAAGUCAAUUUUUGAAAAUAAAAACAUUUUUCUUUAUAGAACACAACUCCUUCAACUGUUUAUGUCAACAAAUAUGAGUUUUAUUUCCUUGUGUUUGUCUGCUUGGUGGAGAUAAAAAAAAUUGAAGGUUUAAUGUUUACAUGUUUUUUAAAAUUAGUUCUUUAACCCUUAAAGCGCCCGCCAUGUGGCCUUAUAUGCGCUAUAAGUUAUGUAACAGCAAAGCCACGACCGUGGCUUGGCGCGCUUUAUGUGUUAAUUUUUUUUCAUAUUGAUGUUUUUUUGUAUUGGUGCUAUACCUUGUCUGCUAUAUUUUACUGGAAACAGAUGUUGUACAUCAAAUAUGUAUAUGUAGUUAGAACUUUAUUAACCCUUUAAGUAUUGUACAUUUAAAAAAAAAAGUGUUCAAUUAUUUGUUUAGUUAGUCAGGAAGUGGAGUAACAAAAAUAUAUUGAGCCUAUGCUUUCUUUAUAAUGAAAUUUUUAAAGCUGGUUGGCUGUUGUGUUGAGUAGUGUGUCAAUCAGUCUGGAUAAUUACGUAGUUCAUUUCUUCAUGUUCAACUAAAUAUAUUUCAAAUGUACGUUAUUUUAAAUGAGAAAUUUAUUCUUUACUUUCACAUCUUUAUUGAUAAAAAAAACAUGGUAUUACUUAUAUUUAUAUAGAUCAUGAUCAGCAGAAGAGGGUGGGUAUAAUCUUUUAUAUUUAAAGUUAAGCUGAAGUGAAAUCAAUGUGACAUGUUGAUGACUUAUGCCUUGCUCAUAUAUAGGUUGUGAUGAAUCAAAAUAGUUUUUUUUUUUACUUUAUCUGUCAAUGAUCACAAAAGUUAUCACAAGCUAACACAGCUUUUGGUUGUGUUUUUUUAUUAUUAUUUUCCUUAGGUCUUAACAAGUAAUAUGGUUUUUACUUAAUCAUUCUUUAACAUAAACACCUGAAUUUUUCAGGUCAACUAGCAUUUCUUCCUUCACAAUUCUGUUGAUUAACUUUCAUGACAAAAUCUGACCAUUUAUAUUUUACAAGACAUCUAUGUCAAAACUUCAAGUCCUACAGCAUAUCAAUACAUGUAUGGUGUACGCAGGUUUGUUAUAAUUGUUAUAGGAUUGUUAAAUACUUGAAACUGGUACAUCCCUUUCAACCAUGAUGGUGUAAGUCACCCUGAUUGUAAAUAAUUGAAUGUCUUGUUAAAUUUCUUCAUGUUAAGUCUAGUUAAACCUGAUAAGUAGUGUAUGUUGAAACCAAAUUGUACUACAUUUCAGAAUGCAUUUAAGGAAAUAAUGUAUACACACUAAAGGCCAUGUAACUUUAAAAAAAAAUUUCAGUCAAACCUUAAUAAAUGUUU